CCUCGGAGCAGUACGAGCACUACUAGGAUGCCAGAACACACACCCGCCCCGACGCCCUCCCGUGCCAUUUACGGAUUCUGUCUGUUUCUGCUCUUCAAAACCCUCUUCAUCCUGUACGUCCUCUGGGCCUUCAUUCCAACGGAACUGCUGGACGGGUUCGGUCUCACCUACCUUCCGGACAAGUACUUUGCCCUGUUCAUGCCGAUUCUGCUCCUGGUCGGCCUCACCUUCUUCGCGUUCCUCGUUUACCCGUCGCUCUCACUUGCGAUGAUGCCCGACCGGGACGCGGUGGCCACCGUGACCGAUCCGUACGCGAUCGUGCGCUGUCAGUACCAGUUCCCGGAUCGGCAGCACUGCAACCAGCGCAUUGACCGCCCGUACGGCGACAGUUGGCUGGUGAAGCCGUUCUGCUCGAAGCACUCGAUCCGGGUGACCACGGCCAGUGAUCUGCGCGGGAGUGUCCGCAUUUCGAACUUUUGCGAUUGUCCGGCGGCGGCAGGGGGAGCCACGGAUGAGGAGCGGUGCUUGUUGAGGAAGGAUCCGGGCCAUUUGGGACGGUUGAGGGGGAAGCCGAUGGUGCCGGCGGUGGCAGAUUUGAACAUGGCCGAAGUGAGCCGGGUGUUGUACCGGAAGAAGGGGAGAUAGCUUCUUGACCAACAUUAUUGAAUUUAGUUUUUUUUUUUUUGUUCCUUGAAAGCAUUUUGCCAAAUGAAACGAGCAAAGCGGUGUGAAUUCCUGCUAAGAUAAUCUUUAUUAUUUUUACUAAACAUAAAUUUCCAAAAAAUGUAACUGGGAAAUGGAAUUGAAUUCAAAUAAAUGUACAAACAUUUUCACUAAGUA